AUGGGUCAAAUAAGAAAAGUACUUGUUAUAUACACUGGGGGCACGUUUGGAAUGUUGAAAAAUGAAAAAGAAGUAUUGGUCCCUCAAAAGAACAUAGAACACAGAAUACUUAGAAAGGUGCCACAGCUGCAUGACGAUGUUUAUUGGCAGAAGAAUCUGGCAAAAACUGAUAUGGACGAAUAUCUCGUGUUGCCAGACUGCAAAGACACCAGUGCAAAGAUUUUGUACAAAGUCUACGAAUACGAGGAAUUAAAGGACUCCUCAGAUUUCACAAUAGAUGACUGGAUCACGAUGGCUCGCGAUGUAAAGCGUUUCUACCAUGACUACGAUGGGUUUGUAGUCCUCCACGGAACUGACACAACAGCUUAUGGUGCAUCGAUAAUGUCUUUUAUGUUAGAAUCAGUUGGGAAAACUGUGGUACUCACCGGAGCACAGAUACCAAUUUUCCAAGCCCGUAACGACGCUACUAACAAUCUUCUAUGCGCUAUUUUAAUAGCCGGCACUUUACAUAUACCUGAAGUGACUGUGUUCUUUGGAGCAAAACUUUUCAGAGGCACGAGAGUGAAAAAAGUCUCAAAUACUAAGAUGUACGCCUUCGACUCACCGAACUACCCCGCACUAUUAGAAGCAAGAACAACUCUAGAUAUAGACACAAAGACGCUAAUCCAUCCACCAGGUUCCGUACCAAAUGAAUGCAGGCUACAUGACAAAUUGUCAAAAAAAGUGUAUGUUUUGAAAGUACUUCCUACAAUAACUCCUGAGAUUAUCAGAGCAGUGUUUGAAGGAAUGGAAGGAGUAGUAUUAGAAACUUACGGCAACGGUAAUAUUCCUAUUAAACGUAAAGAGAUUUACAAAGAAAUAGAGAGGGCUGUAAAAAAUAACGUGUUAGUUGUGAAUGUGACGCAGUGCAUCAACGGAAACGUAUUAGGAAAAGCCAUUUAUGAGACUGGUCUGUUGUUAGUUGAAUGUGGCGUGGUCCCGGCUUUCGACAUGACCGCAGAGGCAGCUUUCGCUAAGCUUUCUUAUAUCCUGUCUAAAACUGAAUUGAGCUAUGCAGAGAAAGUAGAGCUAAUGAAAACUAAUAUAAGAGGAGAAUUAUACAAUCCAAAUAAAGGGAUC